CCCCGCACCGGCGGAGAAGCGGCUGAGGAGGGGAACCUGCGCGGCAUCGGCGCCCUCCGCAUUGUGCGAGCCUGCAUGGUGGGCACGGCGGGGCCGCGGGGUUCCCCCGAGCCUCCCGCCCGCUCCCCGCCCCGGCGUUGCCCGUAGCCGCCGGCUGAAGAAGGCAUUUUGAGGGAUGCUUUUGUGCGCGGCCGCGGGUAACGGCGGAGCUAGCGGCGGCUGGGGCGGGUCAGGUCGGGCGUCGCGGUCACCCUCAGCCCUCCCGGUGAGGCAGGCCGGGGGGCGAUGCUGAAUUAGGACGAGUGGAGCCAGCUCAGGGGAAGGCUUAGCAGUCGGUAGCCGGCCCUUGGGAGGGCGGGCUAGGCGGGCGGCUCCCCCAUGGCGAGCAACCGGAGCAUCGAGCUGGAGCACUUCGAGGAGCGGGACAAGAGGCAGCAGCGCUCCGGGCCCCGCCGCGGCGGCGGCAGCGGCUCCGGUGGGGGGGGCGCGGGCCCGCGGGGUAACGGGCUGAUCCCCAGCCCAGCCCACAGCGCACACUGCAGCCUCUACCGGACGCGGACCCUGCAGGCCCUCAGCUCGGAGAAGAAGGCCAGGAAAGCCCGUUUCUACCGCAACGGGGACAGGUACUUCAAGGGCUUGGUGUACGCCAUCUCCACCGACCGCUUCCGCUCCUUCGAUGCUCUCCUGGUCGAGCUCACCCGGUCCCUGUCGGACAACGUCAACCUGCCUCAGGGGGUCCGCACCAUCUACACCAUCGACGGCAGCAAGAAGCUCACCAGCCUGGACGAGCUGGUGGAAGGUGAAAGUUACGUAUGUGCAUCCAAUGAACCGUAUCGCAAAGUUGAUUACACCAAGAAUGUCAAUCCAAACUGGUGUGUGAACAUAAGGACUGGAUCCACUCGAUCCUUGACAUCUUUGUCAUCUACAAAGAGUGAAGUGAAGGAGAGUAAAGACUUCAUUAAACCCAAGUUAGUGACUGUUAUUAGGAGUGGAGUAAAACCACGGAAAGCUGUGAGAAUUCUGCUGAAUAAGAAGACUGCUCACUCCUUCGAACAGGUCUUGACUGACAUCACAGAAGCCAUUAAGUUAGAUUCGGGUGUAGUCAAGAGACUUUGUACACUGGAUGGAAAACAGGUGACGUGCCUGCAGGACUUCUUUGGAGAUGAUGACGUCUUCAUUGCAUGUGGGCCUGAGAAAUACCGCUAUGCUCAGGAUGACUUCGUCUUGGAUCACAGUGAAUGCCGUGUUAUGAAGUCCUCUUAUUCCCGAUCCUCUGGCAUGAGGUACACUGCAUCCAAAAGUCCAGGGCCUUCACGGCGAAGCAAAUCACCUGCCUCAGUAAAGAGGGGUGGCCACUACUCCAGUGCUUAUUCUUCAGCAAAAUCCCCAGUUAAUGGAACUCCAAGCAGUCAAUUAUCCACCCCAAAAUCUACAAAGUCCUCCAGUUCUUCACCAACAAGCCCAGGCAGCUUUCGUGGACUCAAGAUUUCUCCACACGGUGGAUCUUCUUCCAAUGUCAACGGUGUACCUGAAUCUCUCCAUUGCCAGAGUCCUGAAGGUGUGAAUGGAAACAAGUGCUCAGAGUCAUCUGCCAUUCUGGAGAAGUACAAAGUGGGGAAGGUGAUCGGCGAUGGCAAUUUUGCUGUUGUAAAGGAGUGCGUGGAACGGUCCACGGGAAAGGAGUUUGCACUGAAGAUCAUAGACAAGGGAAAAUGCUGUGGAAAGGAACACCUGAUUGAAAAUGAAGUGUCCAUUCUACGUCAGGUGAAGCAUCCAAAUAUCAUUAUGCUUAUAGAGGAAAUGGACACCCCAACAGAACUCUACCUGGUGAUGGAGCUGGUCAAGGGAGGAGAUCUCUUCGAUGCUAUCACUUCUUCUACAAAGUACACCGAGCGAGACGGGAGCGCGAUGGUCUACAAUCUGGCCAGUGCACUCAAAUACCUUCAUGGUCUCAACAUCGUGCACAGAGACAUCAAGCCAGAAAAUCUCCUGGUAUGUGAAUAUCCAGAUGGAACCAAGUCUUUGAAGCUGGGAGACUUCGGGCUGGCAACUGUGGUGGAAGGACCUUUAUACACGGUCUGUGGGACACCCACCUACGUGGCUCCAGAAAUCAUUGCAGAGACAGGAUAUGGCUUGAAGGUGGACAUUUGGGCUGCAGGUGUGAUCACAUACAUACUGUUAUGUGGAUUCCCUCCUUUCCGCAGUGAAAACAACCUUCAGGAAGACCUCUUUGACCAGAUACUUGUUGGGAAGCUGGAAUUUCCAUCGCCCUACUGGGAUAACAUCACUGAUUCAGCAAAGGAGUUAAUUAGCCUGAUGCUACACGUGAAUGCUGAAGCCCGAUAUACAGCAGCACAGAUCCUAAGCCAUCCCUGGGUGUCAGAUGAUGCUUCCCAGGAGAAUAAUAUGCAAGCUGAAGUAACAGGUAAACUGAAGCAGCACUUUAAUAACACCCUACCCAAGCAAAAUAACACAUCUGCUGGGGUUUCUGUCAUCAUGAACACAGCUCUAGAUAAAGAGAGUCAGAUUUUCUGCAGCAAGCGCUGUCAGGACUCUGGUAGAGCUGGACUGGAGAACAUUUCAGCAGUCCCUGCUGCAGCUGAUGGUCCUCGUGUGGCUGGCUCCAAGCCCCUCUUCCCUCCUGCUGCUUCUGAGCCACCCCCAGCAUCUCCUGGGGAUCAGCCCGGUGUGUGAGACGGACAAAAAACAAACCCAAGGGCAGCUCCCUGUGCUCUCCUCCCAUUUCUCUUCAUUUCACCCCAAGACAGCCCCUCUGCAGUUUGGGUGCAGCCUCUCCUGGCAAGCCCCAGGCAGGCUCUGCCACAGGAGACUCAUCUUCUCCUGGUGGGUGAGUGAACGUGCAUUUCGAGUGCUCUUUGCCCUUGUCUGGAGAAUAGCAGUAGGGGAAAGAUUCCGGCAACUUUAGGUGAUAUUUUAAGUUAUCUGUGUUAAUUAACUGCAUUUCACCCAGCUCUAAGUAGGAAGACUCAUGGUGUAGCUAACCCUAUUGUCAUGUGAGCAGCAAGACGAGGAACCUGGCCUCACCUCGAUGGGUGAUGAGGAUGCUCAGAAGCAGGAGAGGAAGGCAAGGGAAGAAAACCUGCAUUCACCUGGUAUUCCCAAUGCCUCUCAUUUUUAGCCAAGUUUCUACCGAUCCUUGAAGAGGCAAAUUUUCAGAAGAAUUUUUUUUAGUGGACUAACUGUAAAAUAUCAUGAGACAAACAUUGGAGCUAGAAGGAAGGGUGGUUGUUUUUGCAUCAAGUUUGUUACCUGAUUUGCAGGCUACAGGGUAGUGUUUAGCUAAUAUGAAUUUAAAUAAAGUGACUUGGGAUGUAAA